UGGAAAGGGUGUAGCAAAACAUUUGUUUACAAACAUCUUACAUUACUGGUGAUAACAUCCGACAUUUACAUUUUUUGCCAAUUUGGAACAAACUAUUCUUUACCGAAUGUUGUUAACCGUUUUCGAGUAUUUCGUAAAAAGUGCCCACACGCACGCCACUAUUUGCGGGCAUAGUCUGGGGCGCGCAAAAUUCGAUGUUGUAUGCCGAUGAAAAACACGUAGCUAAUGGCGCCGGGUGGAUCUAAUAGGCCCUUCUCUCACCAUAACAAUGAGGUUGCUGAACGCAACCAAAUACUUGUCAAAUGUCAGUGUCACUUGUGAAUUUGCCCCUGGCAAUUCGUAAAUUUAUUUCAUCUCAUAAUUUUAUUUAUAUUAAAUUAUUAUCUUGUAUCCAGUUACGUUGUGUUGUGUGUAUGGUUAUUUAAUUUUAUUUUCUAUUUUACAUCUUCAGUGUUCAUCGCGCAUUUGUGAAAACGGACUCGGAUGUACAUUAUAUUAGACUCUUAAUUGGGGCAGAGUAAAAUGUUGACUAUAAAUUGAAUUUUCUGUUUGAAGAUACAUUCAAUGAGUCAGUGUCUUCAAUAUUAGAGCGAAAAGUUAGGGGGUGGUUGAGUGGAGUGAUUGAUGACAUGCGCCGCAGCAGCCCUGUGCAGCAGUGGCUGGACUCCCUCCCGGCCGACGAUGUUGACCAUGACACUGACAAACAAGAUGAAGAGACCCUUAAAGAAGUAAAUACAGAUGAUAGCAAAGCUGAAACUGUCACUGAUAACACCGUUGUUGAGGCCACUGAUAAAGUACAAGAAGAACGAAACUUAGAUGUACCUAGUCCUAAAGAUUGGAAAAGAAAAUCAUUAGAAAGUGGGGUGCUGACUAGUGCACCUCCAGGCAAUGUUAGGAAAAGGUUACAGAGAGAUCAUUCUGUUCAGUCAGAGGGUUAUUCACCUAAAUUGAAAAAUCCACUUCUAAGAGAUUAUUCCCUCCAGUCUGAUGCCAGUGGAUCUAGUGGCAGUUCGGUUCUGAAUGUGCUUGGAGCGAGAAAAGUGGAUGCCGAGUCUGUACUACUGGCCUUGGGGUUUGGACCUAGUGAGAAACAACAGAAGCUACAAAGGAUACCUGAUAGAUUUUUAGUUCCAUCUAAAUUAAAAGGCAUAAGUACUGAUAAGUUUAUUAAAGAUGAGCAACAUUCCAUGCGCAUGCAUGACUGUGGUGUGUUUGGGUACCGAGGAUUGACUGGGAAUCCCCAUGUACCACCGUCGACAAUUGUAGCUAAGAUAAUGGAGUGCAUCUUGCAGGACGACGUGUGUCGCGAGGAGGCCAUGUUGAAAGCGCGGCAUUCCAUCGCGGACAUGCGCAGUCCGCUCGCCGCGCACGUUGUGGCCGCGCGACACUCUCGCGCACACCAUUAAUCAUAGACACUAACCAGGGUUCGAGGAUAUAUAUCAAGAUAUAUAUCCGAUAUAUAUCCAGCGGCGUUCGACGAUAUAUAUCAAUGGAUAUUAAUAUCCGAUAUGUAUCAUUUGUUUAUAAAUAUUGCAAUACAAAAAUGGUUUUAAAAAAUGUAACAUUGUUAAAAAUAUCGUUUUUUUUGUGUUUGUUACUGAUUUUUUUACUAAAUGUUAUAUUUUUUGGUAGAAUUUUCCUUAUCUCAAGUUGUUUUCAUAAAUAGUGCAACAAAAUAAUAAUAUGCCUUCCAUACAAAAUUGAUAUAUAUCAAAGUUGAUAUAUAUCCGAUAUAUAUCAUAAAUAUCCGAUAUUUUAAUAUUUAUUAUGAAUGUCGGAUAUUUUCGAACCCUGCCACUAACCCAGUAGAAGGCAACUUUGGUCUUAAUACCACAUGCACAUGGGUAUUUUGAAAACAAAAAGUCAACUUCAUCAUCAUCAUCACCUUACAAUGGUAUAUCUAAGCGGCCGGGGCGCGGAAAACUAUCUGAACGCGCCUUAUCGCCUCAACAGUUGAGGCAUGAUCAGAUAUUUGUGGGUACCUUGACCGCUCCGAUAUAUCUUAUGACGACUGUCCAUACUUUUUGUGCAAUUCUAAAACCCAUACCAAGUAUAUCCCAAUGACCGAAGUUACCCUCCAAUAUCGUUCGACUUCUUAGCUUUUAAUGGGGCUUAUUACCGUAAGCACCAGAGGGUGCCCCUCAUUAAGCCCAGGGGUGGGUACUGGGACUACCGGGAUAUUGUUGGCCAUUUUUAUUUAAGUGGGUUAAAGAAACAGUGAUCAUGCGCUUGAGACUGCAUACUUGGAUACAUAAUUUUAAAAAUCGCUGGCGUACAUAAUUAUCAUUUGUUUGUAAGUCAGGGGUGCCCUCUGCUAUUUAACUAUUAUGUGAUUCGAUUUUAAGUUCAUUGACCUUAUCAAAAUGUGACGUUUCCUAAGACCACAAAAUCUUUAUUCUUUUCUUUCUUUAUUCUUUAGUCAAGUCUCUUACCAUAAAGCGAGAUUUGGCUCGUAUCUUUAUACGAAUAACCAGUCAUAGAGCGUCCUUAUGCCAAAUGGCGAUAUGGUACGUUCAUUUUGAUUAUUUUAGCUUUGUGUAGGAUAAGCACGAAUUACAAAAUGCAUUUUUCGCACAAUUAAGCACACAUGCAUGUGCAGUGUUAAUUACGUGUGUGAUUCUGUGACUCUGGAAAAUCAUAAUUUUCCAGAAUCACACACGUAAUUAACACUUAUGGGCCAAAAUUGUUUUCUUUGUCUAAUUUCGGACCACCCUUUCACUCGUCUAUUUUGCUUUAUCUCAAAUACAUAAAACAGUUUAGUAAUAUUGCUGCAGUCUUUCCAGCUAUAGAUGUCCCUUCGUCACAUUUUUUGAGGACAAAAUACAAGAGUUCGAAAACUUUUUUGACCCUUAAUAUAAAUAUUUUCGACAGUUCCUACAAUCUCCAUGUAAGCACAACUUUUCUAACUACUUCUAACUUGCAAUCCUUCAAAAUAUUGUACAGGUAGUGUAAUGGGCUCAUUAUAGGUAUCUUUACAGUCUGACCAAAAAGAGUAGAAAUUAAAAAGUGCCAACAUCGUAGUGUCGUCUCGUUUUCUCACACAUAUUGGUUUGAAAGGGAUGGCACUGGCAGUACAAUGUUGCCAGUUUUUUAUUUCUACUCUUUUUAGUCAGACUGUACUAUUGUCCUUCGCAUUUUGUUAGUUGCUUGAUUUGUUUUUAAUUGUUUGUUAACUUUUUUAGAAUUUAACAUAUUUUGUAGCAACAAUAUCGUGAAAUUUCGUUUACUUCAAUGACAGUGACCGUGACUUAUUUAAUUUAUAUUUAUUGAAUUCAACUAUUAUAAACUUAAAAUAUUAUUAUUUUAUAAUUAAACGUAAUAGACUGAAUAUUCAGUGUACCUAGUACUUAUAUUAUUGAAAAGUGAACUUAAAAAGAAACUCGAGCUACUUUAACUAUUUACUUAAAAUAUAUUCGCAUAAUACUUGCCUCGAUAAUAAUAAUGUAGGUAAAUAAAUAGAAGAAAAUAUUUUACUAUUGUUAGGGAGAUCUGAAUAUUACAGUAGAUUUGUCUCAUGCUACUUAAUCUCGAAAAUAAUAAUUAUAAUAAAAAACAUUUAUUGCAGUUAAAAGACCAAUAAUAUUCCAGAGAAUAUUUGGCCAUUUUUAAUGUCCUUAGUUUUUCACUUUUUGAUUGUUUAGUUAUUAGAAACAAUAAUAAUGUAUUCUAUUACUGUAAUGACUAUUGAAAUAAUUAUGGAAACAUAAAAAUGUGUUAUGUUUAAUUAAUAACGAAAAUACUUAAUAGACUCACACAAAACCUAAUGUUAAUUUAUUUUCUUGUCUUAACGAUUUCACCGUACGAUGUUCCUUAAAUAUUUAACAUUUAACACAAAGUAAUAAUAAGAGUGUAAAGUAUAACAGAGUAAUCACUGAUUUCAGCGUUUUGUUUGUAUUCGAUUUCUAUGUUAGGCAGAAGUUGUCAUAGGUUUUAAGUAGGUAGGUAACCUCGUAGAGUUCAGUGACCAAUUUCUUAACAUAUUUACGUUUCUUCAUCACAUCGGGUCCGGAUUUACAGACGCUGGUUGUCGUACCUACUACAUAAUCCGGACCAGUUGCGGUGUCUAAGCCCUUUUCAAAGUGGCCUUUAGAACUAUCAUAUCAAUGUCACAUGUUAUUUAUUUAAUGAAGUAUACGUAUAUUUUCGUCAUGUAUAUCUUUUGGCUGUGUAUAAACUUGUAUUCUGAUUUUGAUUAGUAAAACAAUACGUUUAUGUGCAAUAUGAUUGUGAUUUAAAAAUGUUGGCUCAAGAGUUUAAUUCUGUGUACUGCCUGAAUAUUACCGUGAAUUGUUUACCGUCAGUCAUAUUUAUUUUGUAAAUUGAAGUGUCUUAAUAAAAUGUUUAGGUACUGGCUAAGCCGACAAAUAGUGUAAUAAUGUCGUAAGCUCAGCAUAUUUAUAGUUAAGUACAUGAUCAAUUUGAAAACACUUUGGUGAUUUUAAGUCGGAUUAGUUCCUCCGAAAUGUUUAACUAAGAGGAUCAUUCUUACUAGAAAUAUUAGUGUAAAUACAAAUCAAUCUAUCGUGUGUACCUAAUAUUUAUUGGAGUUCUAUUGAAUUUUAAUAUGUGAAUUUAUUUACCAUAUUUCGAAACUUCUUGAAUGUACCUAUUUAUUCAUGUACUAUUUUCUGAUACUAAUAUAUUCUGCCACUUAAUACUAAAAGGAAUGAUGGCGUGUAUUUAUGAAAGAAGGUCUCUUUUCAUCUUAUUUGUGCCUUAAACUGGUAAAUUAAAUAUCUAUACAAUGUGACCAAAAUGCGAACAAAAAAGAAGUCACAGGUAGUGCAUAAUAUAAUUAUUUGAUCGGUUUGUUAACUUAAGUAUGAGUUUUGAACGUAUGCGGUCAGUGUACAU